AUGGAGCUCCUCGAUCCCGCCACAGGCGCUGCCCUCCCCAACGACGCCAUCCAGCGCAUUCUCUUCGUCGCCAACGCCGUCCACGUCUAUAACAUUCCUCCUCUUACCUCUACAAAGGGCUACUCUGCCAGCACAUGGACCGCCGAACCCCAGCGCCAUAUCUUUACUGCCCGCCUGCGCGUCGUCGAGACAGCCUACGAAUCCGAGUCGUCAACCAACAAGCUCAAAGUCGAUGCCGUGCUGGAGGAUGCUUCAUCAGGCCAACUGUUCGCCGCAGCGCCUUAUACCGCUCCCGGUGUUGUUGAGCCGGUCCUCGAUAGCAGCCGAUUCUUUGCAGUGACGGUGCGCGAUCCCCAGGGUAGAAAGGCUAUCCUGGGUAUUGGUUUCGAGGAGAGAAGCGAGGCGUUUGAUCUGAGCAUUGCGCUUCAGGAGGCGCGAAAGGCGCUAGGCUGGGAGGGCGAACAGAGCAAACCGGCUGCGACGAAGGAGAAGGAGGAGCAUAGGGAUUACAGUCUCAAAGAUGGCGAGACUAUCACUGUGAGCUUUGGCGGAUCAAAGUUCGGCAGACGCAAACAACAAGAUAGCUCAUUUGGCUCAGGAGCCGGAGGUGACCUUCAGUCAUUUGCGCUACCACCACCACCUGCUGGACCAAGCUCUUCAGGCGGGUUCUCAUUACCACCUCCACCAAGUGCAAACUCUGUAAAGCAGCAGAAGCAAUCAGCUAAGGAUCUUGGAUUUGACGACGGACAGUUUGGAGAGUUUGCUUAA